AUGAUCUUUGCCUCUUUGCGUUUUGACGAUGCUGUUCAUGUGAAGCCGCAUGAGCUUAUCCUCACGGAUGAAGGCCUGUUCGGCGUGGCAUGGCAGACAAAGGUCGAAAGGAAGAGGAGGGGAACUAAGUUCGUUGUUCCCAUGUCGGCUUCGCUGACUCUGGAUGGCUGCUUGCUGUCUUUCGACAGAGACUACUGGAUGCGGGAUCUGAACACCCGCGACGCGUUUAGAGAUGUGGCGGCAGCCUAUCAACGUUCAGUUCAAUGGCUCCGCCAAGGUGAGGAGCAGGCGAUCAAGCUGGCAGAAUCCAAGCUCCAUGGGUUACGGCGCUCUGCUCGUGUGACGCUUCUUGACGCAGCGGUGCAUGCUGGUCGCUCGACAGAAGAGAUCGGCCUGCAGGCAAACUGGAAGAAUCCGGACCCGCUCCUUUUGAAGUACACACGGAAUCGCACGAGUGUGCCAGCUCAGAUGGUUCAGCAGCUCGUGAAGGACAUGGUCGACCACUCCCACCCGUUCGAGGUGCCAGCUGAUGCGGUGCUGGAUGAUGGCGCCGUGAGUGAGAUCAGGACACGCAACGAGCAGAUCGCUCAGAAGUCCGGGCUUUCCAAGAAUGCGGAAGAUCUGCUGCGAGUGGUGACGAUCGACCAGCCUGACCGCCAGUUCAGAGAAGAAAGUUCAUCGGGGAGCUCGGAUCAGCGGAAGAAGUUCGGCACCUUCUCGGCAGCUCUCUUGGAAGCGCUCACCAACCACAGACAGUUGUGGAAUGAUGCUCGCUCGAGUGGGGAACUGGACAAGUUCAAGCAGGCGGCGACAAGCGCCCCCACGACGCCGCCCAAGAAGCGAGCUCGUUCGACGUCACCACCUUCUCCACCAAGCACAGCCAAGGCCAAGAAGAAUAGCAAUGGCGUGCUCGCCAAAGAGUUCAACUUCAGCAGGCCAAAGCAGUUCUAG